GACAAAUUGUGUUAGAGAAUGAGAACUAGAAUGGAAUUCGACCAGCUUGUUCAGAGCAGCAGAUAUUUCUUGUCUAUGCGUGAUUGUGUAUGCAUAAAGGCUUUUGGAAGGGCUUGAUAUUCUCAUCUAUUAAGUUUAGAAAGUCUCCCAUGGAUCGUACUAGCAUUCCCCUAGUCCUACUCUUCACCCUCGCUUCAGUCACCCCCAUCAUGGGGUGUUUCUGUGACCACUACCCGUGGAGUUCGUGGACCUUCUGUACCAAAACCUGUAACUCUGGAACCCAACAACGCACAAGGGCUGUGCGCUUUGAUGAGCACUGGAUAAGAAAUAAUUGUUUGCAGCUGUGUCAGACACAAGAGAGCAGAGAGUGCAAUGUAGAGACUUGUCCAAUAAACUGCCAACUGAGUGAAUUUGGACCCUGGUCUGAGUGCUCACCUUGUGCCAAAAAAUCUUUCAGGACCAGGUCUUUACUGACACCAGCUCAGUUUGGAGGGGUGGACUGUAGUGAAUCUCUGGCAGAGGAUAGACCUUGUCACCCCUCUAAGGGAUGCAGGAUUGAGCCUGUAAAUUGUAAAGAGCAGUUCACUUGCGACAGUGGAAGAUGUAUAAACUCUACUUUGGAGUGCAACACGCAGAACGACUGUGGUGACAACUCUGAUGAGAGGGAUUGUGGGGAGUUGAAGAAAGUGUGUGCACAGGACAAAUUUCAUCCCAUUUAUGGAGCCGAUCUGAUUGGUCAUGGGUUUGAUGCCAUGGCAGAGCAGAUGAGGGGUGCUGUUCUGGACAGCACAUUUAUGGGAGAGCAUUGCACAGUACAAAGACAAGGACCCAACAGGAAGAUCUUUCGGGUCCCUGCCAACGUUGAGAAGUUUGACAUCAAGGUUGAAUAUAUUGAGGACAUUAAAGAAAGUGACAUUAAAUCUGAAAAAAUCACAUUGACCGAAGAACUACAGACAGAUAAGACAUUGCAACAUAUAUCAAGUUCUGGUAAUAUUUUCGCACUUUUCCUGGCUAUGUCGUUUACGUCAAAGAGAGGUACUUUCAAGGACGUAACCAAAGCAGCUCAAGAGAAGGACUCUGAGUUUUACAGGGUACAUCAGGUUGUUGCCACAUCAACAUUCAAAACAAAGUCCUCUGACCUCUAUUUGUCAGAUCCGUUCCUUCAGUUUCUUAACAGUCUGCCAUUAGAUUACAACUAUGUCCUUUACAGAGAGAUCUUUCAAAGGUUUGGGACACAUUAUUUCAGCUCUGGGACAUUAGGGGGGAGGUAUGACCUCCUUUUCCAAUACAAUCGAGAAGAACUAAAAACGUACGGACUCUCGGAAGAGGAAAAAAAACGAUGCUUUGGUCAUGAUUCUACCCUCAUUACCUUUUUUUAUAAUAGAGAAUCAAGCAGUAACACCUGUGGGACAACGACGAUGAAAACAGAAUACGAAGGGUCAAUUGUAAAAGCGUCAGAGAAGACUUUUACAUCAGUGCAAGGAGGUAAAUCUGAGUAUUCCGCAAAACUGGCAUGGGAAAGGAAAGAAGUAGCACCAGAAAGUAAAACUUACAAGAACUGGAUUCAGUCUACAAUAGAAAAUCCAACUGUUAUAGAUUUUGAGCUGUUGCCUUUAGUGAAUCUGGUGCGUGGCAUUCCUUGUGCUAAGACGAAGAGAUUGCAUCUUCAUAGGGCACUGAUGGAGUAUCUGACCGAAUUUGAUUCCUGCAAGUGUGAACCCUGCCCUAACAAUGCACGGCCAGCUCUCAGUGGGACUGAGUGUGUUUGCAUUUGUCAGACAGGGACUUACGGAGCAAACUGUGAGAAACGAGCCCCAGACUACAAAAAAGAGGCUGUUGAUGGCAGAUGGACAUGCUGGACUCCCUGGAGUCUCUGUGACGCCUCCUUAAAGAGACAUCGUACACGUACCUGUUUCAACCCUCCACCUCAGAGAGGGGGAAAACCCUGCCAAGGCUCUGAGAAACAGGUGGAGGAGUGUACCAUCUCUAUUUUCCAAAAGCAAGAUGUGUGUAUGAAUGAUGAUGAAUUUGUGAAUGAAGGCGACAGCGAGAGCAAGUUGCCCCCUGGAGUCUCAGGUUGUCCAAAACCCAAAGCACCUGCUAACAGCCACCUGAGGAUUAACAAACGCGUGUACGAUUAUGGAGAUCAUGAGGAGGUUGUUUGCUUCACUGGUUAUAAGUUGGAUGGAUACCAGCUCAUUCACUGUCUCCAAGAUGGUUCCUGGGAGAAACCAAAGGGAAGGUGCAUUAAAUACGUUUGCCCAAAACCCGCAGUGCCUGGUGGCAUGAAGCUGACCCCAGACCAGCCAGAGUACAAAGUGGGAAUUGUUUUUAUGCUCUCAUGUUCAGAGAGUGGUAUGAGUCCUUCGGGUCAACAGUAUUACACUUGUGGAAACAGUCUCUCCUGGGAACCAAGCAUUUCAAAGGACAUACAGUGCAAGAUUGAUAAGCCUUUUGUUCCAGACAGCAACUGCAAACGUGGAGAGAUUCAUGAUGGCACUACAUGUAUCUGCAUGUCUAAAGAACAAUGCGGAAAUUACAGGGAAGACUUGUGCAUUUUUGACGCUUCGAAAGAGGCUGCCAUUAUGAUGUCCUCCUGUGUUUUUCACGCUGGCCGUUGUCGUGGAGACCCAUUAUACUUUAUGAAUAAUGGGCCGUGCAAAACUGACUCAUUCAGCCUAGACUGGGCCAAAUUCAGGGCCCGUGUUUCUGAGCAGAGCUCAGUCCAGGAGCCCUGUGGAGCGGACACCUGUUACGAGUGGGAGACCUGUUCAGUAUCAAAUAAGUGUGAGUGCAAACUUCCGAAAGAUUGCUCAAAGGAUGGAAAACAUGUCUACUGCCUGAAACUCCUGAGGACACAGAGCACACGGAGCAUGAAUUUAUGUUUCAUGGCUGCUUUGAAGUGCAACAAGAUGGAAUUUGAAAUUCUGAAUGAAGGUCCUUGCCCGAGUUCUUAAUUGUUAACAAAGCCUUUUGGACAAUUUUAUAAAAUCAAAAUGCUAACAGAAUGCUAAAUGAUUUGUAUAGACAACUCGAUAUUGUUUUUAAUCACUGACAGCAUGUUAUACAGUCAUUUUAUUAUUCCUUAUGUACCAAUGUUUUAUUACUGUAGAAGUGCACAAUAAAAAUGUUAUCUGACUAUCA